UUCAACUUGAUACCACAGAAUAACAAUCGUGACAAGGUCACCGCAAAUCUUCACAAUCGGCACAAAUUUAGUCGUAUAAAAGCACGUUGUCUCAUCCUUGCCAUGAACAGUUGACCAUUGUUCGUCAAGUUUCUUUCAAUUUUAGUUUAUCUUAAAUCUAUAAAUAAAAAUCUCUUUUAUCGUCAAAAGUGCGCCACGUUUAGAUACAAAGAUUUUCUAAUUUUUCUUAUCAUACAUGUCUAUCUCAAUUUUGAAAUCUAUAUUCAUAUUUUGUAUGAUCGUGGAUAUUUUGCAAUCGCGAAUAUGUGGUCAUGUGAUACAAAAAGUACAAGCCAUGAGUAUAGAGAAAGUGGAGAGACCGAUUUUUAAUUACCAUCGUAAUGGAGUACGGAUUGACAUGAGAAUUGUACCCUCUACGAAUCAAACAUCUCCAUUGUUAUCAAUAGACGAUGGCUUUCCCCAAUUUCCAUUGAGAGAAGUUGGUCGUUGUUUACUUAAUUUGUCGUUAACGUGUGUUAAUAAUCGGGUAGUUCGAUUCUUGAAUAUUAUUGGACAUCUACACGAAAUUACACUUUUCGGACAAACCGUGAAACUCGUGAAAUUAAAAGAACUAUCAACAGAGAGGCUGGAUGAACGGAGAAUGCUAGAUGACUCCAGUAAUAGUAUCGAUAGAAGUAUCGAUGAUUUUUUUGAAACAUUUGCCCUGAGAAUUACCUUACCCAAAUGGAAAGGAGCUAAGAAUCAAAUCGAUGUAAUGAUGGAUGAUAAGGAUGCUAUUGAAGGCAGAGGGGGUAAAGGUGGCGGUGGUAAAGGCGGAGGAAAAGGUGGCAAAGGUGGAAAGGGGGGCGGAUGCAAAAAAAUGAUGAUGAUGAUGUUUAUGGGAUUAAAGAUGAAAAUGAUGGGUAUGUUCGGUAUGGCUGCAAUGAAGGGAAUGUUAAUGUCUGGAAUGUCACUCAUGCUAUCCAAAAUGAUGCUGCUUCAUCAGUUAAUGAGUAAAAAGGGAGGUCUUUUUGGUGGUUUUGGUGGUGGUAGCAGCAAUGGGAUUGGAAACCAAGGUCCAUUAAAAGAGAUCGUCUUAUUAACUAAAGCCGGAGGGAACGGCGGAAGUGGUGGAGGCGGCUGUAACGGAGGUGGAUGUGGUGGAUUGCCUCCUUCGGAUUCUUACGGAGCUCCGCCUGCGAGUGGCGGAGGCGGUAGUGGUGGUUAUGAUUAUUCGGGAGGAGGCGGUAGCGGGGGGGCUGGUUGGGGCAGAAGCUUUAAUCAGUGGCCCAUAUCGUAUAUUUAUCGCGAACAGGAUCAUAAACCAGCAAUUGUGGUGCCCGAGAUAGCGACAAAGGUAGUCACACAAAUGACAUCAGAUUUCGACAAUAAAUGGGAUCAGAUGUCUACUGGCAAUAAUACAUUGGAAUCAAUUUCGAAGCAACUGAAAUCUAGUCACGAUACGAAUAAAAAUAUAACAACUACUAAAAGUACAGAAGGAUUUAUUAAUGGAAAUUAUUUACAAACGGGUUAUGUUUAGGAUGGAUAAAUUAUGAUGAAUUACGUUAAGAAACAAUCAA